AUGGAUCUACCCACUGCCUCUGUCUUGCUUUCUCCUCAGCCCCAGGCCUGCUCCCAUCUGGCAGAACCCUGCAUGGAAAGGGAGAGAAGCUCAUUCACGCAAGAGCUGGGCAGGGACUCCACCUUCCCCAGGGGCCAACUCCCCAGUUCCAGUCUCACAGAUGCCGACUGGUUUUGGGAUGAGCACAUCCAGGCCAAGAGAGCCAGAGUGGAGACCAUUGUCCGAGGCAUGUGUCUCUCUCCUAGUCCUCUGGCACCAGGCAGUACACGAGCCAGGGAUAGCUCAUGCUGCCCAGAAAAGGCCCGGGAACGUAAAAGGAAGCAGAGCCUUCCCGUGCAGCAAGGUUCCCUAAAAGCAGACCCGGCCUGGGAUCAAGGGCCCAGGAAGGGGGGGCCCCCGGUGAAAGAACAGCUUCAUUUGCUGAAGCAACAGUUAAGACACCUGCAAGCACAUAUCCUACAAGCCCCUGAGCCCAGCACCCCAAUUCAGGGCCCAGGAGGGUCUGAGCAAAGGAAAGGUCCUCUGAGGGCAAAGCAGAGGAACAGCUUGCGAUCUAGCCUCUGUACUAUGGACAAUGACCCCCAGCAGGGUCCCAACAAGGACCUCUGUGAGGCCAUGAAGACCAGAAUGGCUGAGGUUAAACACCAAUCUGAGGAGCCCAUGUUUUGUCCUUCAGGAGCACAGGUUUUGUUGGAGAUUCUGAGGAAAGAACUGAGCCGGGCUGUGUCCCAGGCUGUGGACUCGGUAUUACAACAGGUGCUAUUGGACCCCCUAGGCCACCUGACCCAGCAGGACAGAAGCUUCCAGGGACUAGCUCCAGGGGGCAGAAGCCAGCCUUCGCCUUCAGGUAGAGGUGCCUAUAAGGACACACUUGAUCUUGCCACCCUGCCCAGGACGGUCCAGCCACAAGCUGGGUUUCCUUUGGGAAAUUUAUCACUGACUAGGCCUCUAGAUUCUCCUAUGUGUCCUAUCUCUCCAAGAGAGGUCUCCAAACUGUAUCAGAGUCCCCUAUCAAACUACCCCUUGACAACUGUGCCUUCUCACAUCCAGGAAAAUAAAAUUCUUAGGCAGCUCCUGGGUCAUGGGCCUAAAGGCCAUUGGAGUGUCAGUCCUCCCCAGGACUCAUCUUCCCAGAGUCACAGCUCCCCAAAAUCUACCCAGCAACAUUGGGUUUUGAGCCAGCAACAGCUCCCCCUGCCUUUCACCCCUGCCCAUGAGGAGAACAGGCCUCUCCUACCCUCUGUGAAGAUGGAGCAGGACUCACUGCAGGCUGUGGCUGACUCACUUCCUUUCUCUUCCAUCCACAUCCAGGAAGGCCUAAACCCUGGUCACUUGAAGAAAGCCAAAUUAAUGUUUUUCUUCACACGGUAUCCUAGCUCCAACCUCCUGAAAGCUUAUUUCCCAGAUGUUCAGUUUAAUCGCUGCAUCACCUCCCAGAUGAUCAAGUGGUUCAGCAACUUUCGUGAAUUUUAUUACAUCCAAAUGGAGAAAUAUGCCCGGCAAGCAAUUUCAGAAGGUGUCACAAAUCCCAAAAUGCUGGUGGUUCUCCGUGAUUCAGAACUUUUUCGAGUUCUCAAUAUGCACUAUAACAAGGGAAAUGAAUUCAAGGUCCCAGACUGCUUCUUGGAAAUUGCCAGCUUGACAUUACAGGAGUUCUUCAGGGCUAUGUCCGUAGGGAAAGACUCAGAUCCUUCCUGGAAGAAACCCAUUUACAAAAUUAUUUCAAAACUGGACAAUGACAUCCCAGAGAUAUUCAAAUCUUCCAACUAUUCCCUGGAGCUGUUUCGGAGUUAAGAUCAAGCAAAAUGAAGCCAAGUGUGAUGGCACAGGCCUGUAAUCCCAAAACUUGGGAGGUGGAGGCAGGAAGAUCAAGAGUGCAAGGCCAACCUUGGCUACAAAAAACAAAAGAUCAAACAAAAUGAGUGACUGCUCCAGGAUGGCCCAAAGUGUGUCUUAAAUAGCAGUUUAGCUGUAGUCACAUCAAAGGGCACAAGGACCUGCUCCCAUAGGUACUAAUGCCAUUCUGAAUACUUGUUUCCUUGUCCAGAUCAUCAGAGACUAACAUUAACCAUAGCAUAACAACUACAUGCAUCAGUGUGUUGGCAGUAUAUUGGGAAAGAAAAACACAUCUGGAAUUAGAGGACUUGAAAAUUAACUCCACCAGUACUAGGUGCUGUGACUGUGGAGACUUCCUGAUAUCUCUGCAUCUUUAAAAUGAGGUUCUAAGAAUUAAAAGAUAAUAUUUCAUAAAGUACUCUGUAACAUGUGACACAAAUGUUAGGCUCCCAAUUCCCCUAGCUAUCAGAUAGGGUUAUCUUACCUGGAGUUUUCACAAUAAGCUGUUUUGACUUAUUUAUCAAGUUCCAUCUAUUUGCUAAAAAAUUUCACAUACAUUACCUUUAAGCUUUCACCCUGGUAGUCAACUGUUAUCCUCACUUAAAAAUAACC